AUGGCCCCCGAAUACAAACCCCCGGCCCUACCCUCACCCUUCACCAACACUACUCCGGCGCCCACACUGCUUGCUCAAGGUGCCGAGGCCCACGUCUACAAAACGGUCUCGCUCGACCCCUCCAUCCCAGCGGCCCUUAAGAUCCGCCCCUCCAAACCCUACCGCCAUCCCAUUCUCGACCGCCGGCUGACCCGCCAGCGGAUCAUUCAAGAAGCCCGAUGCUUGGUGAAAUUGGUCCGCGAGGGCGUGAGUGUCCCGGCUGUGCUGGCGCUGGAUUGGGAGGGGCAGGGCGGCGAGGAGAGCGGGUGGGGAGGUGCGUGGCUGCUGAUGGAGUGGAUUGAAGGCCCCCUGGUGCGGGUCGUACUCGAGAAGUGGGAGGCAUGGAUGAAGAAGAAUGCGGCCACGCUGGAUCCGAGCCAGCUGCAGACGGAGGAAGACCGGGUGCGCAGUCUGAUGAAGCGCAUUGGACAUACCAUUGGUGGUCUGCACAAGGCGGGCGUGGUGCACGGGGACUUGACGACCAGCAAUCUCAUGCUGCGCUCACCGGUCCAGAAUGCCACUGACAGCCCGACGGGUAUCUCUAUGGACGGCGAUGUCGUUCUGAUCGACUUCGGCCUUGCAUCGCAGAGCGCGCAGGACGAGGACCGCGCGGUGGAUCUGUACGUGCUAGAGCGGGCAAUUGGCAGCACGCAUCCACGAUCGGAGCCCUUCUUCGAGGAGAUGCUCCACGGAUAUCGGGAGAGCUACAAGGGCGCUACUGCUACGCUCAAGAGACUCGAGGACGUGCGGAUGAGAGGCCGCAAGCGGUCCAUGCUGGGAUAA